AUGAGACAAGCUGGUGCAUAUUCAGGGUUACUGUGUGGAGGGGUAUCAGGAAGGACAGGGCCCCACUCACUUCCCUUGGCAAGGAUCAAGAAGAUCAUGAAGAAGUCAGGGGAGGAUGUUAAAAUGAUAUCAGGGGAGGCUCCUAUAAUUUUCUCCAAGGCUUGUGAGCUAUUCAUUGAGGAGCUUACUAGAAGGUCCUGGAUCAUGGCCAUCCAAGGCAAAAGGAGGACUUUGCACAAAGAUGACUUGACCUCUGCAGUUAUAGCCACUGAUAUAUUUGACUUUUUGAUCACUUUGGUUUCCAAUUCUGACAGCCAUGCACUUGGUCCCUCCACCACCACUGUCAUGGAGGUGGAGACUAUAGAUUACUCUUGA